CUCAAGUAGUGUCGCUACAUUCAAAAAAGCGAAUAAUUCAUAUAAAAAGCCCCAUCAUCACCCCAAUCAGCAUCAGUUUCACAUCUGAAUAGAUCAAAUCAAACACAUCAUGUUCAAAUUUGUUGCACUCGCCGCUCUUAUUGCCUUGGCAGCUGCCCAGCAUGGCCAACACUACAGCUCUCCCGAAGCCGCUGCUGAAAUCCGCAGCUUUGGAAGCGACAUCAGCCCCGAUGGAUCAUACCAAUACUCAUUUGAUACCUCUAACGGAAUUGCUGCUCAAGAACAAGGAGUAGGUGGACACUCUGCAGUUGGAGCAGCAUCACACACCUCCCCUGAAGGAGUCCCAAUCAAACUUACCUACACUGCUGACGAAAACGGAUUCCAUCCAGAAGGUGCCCAUCUCCCAGUUCCACCACCAAUCCCAGAGGCCAUUGUUCGCGCCUUGCAAUGGAUUGCCGCCCACCCAUACAAAGACGAAUAUGUUGUUAAACAACAACAUUACUAAGUGAAACUGAAGAUACUAAUUUGUUAUAACUAUUUUAAUAAAACUUUAAUCUGAUAGUA